CAGAUUUCGUGUCAGAGAAAAAGCCUCAUAUUGAUUUCCUGGUGGCAGAAUGACUCUGCUCAUGUUGAUGCUGGUUUUUCUACUUCAGAAUGGAGGCAUCAGAGGAGAGAUCUGUUUCUAUCAUCUCUAUCAGAGACCUGGAGAUGAGGUCUUGUUACCCUGUCUUCAGGAAUCAUUAUCUUAUAUCACAUGUUCAAGUUUUACCUGGCUUUACAGCAAAGAUGAAAGGGGAACUUCUACUGAUGUUCGUGAUGGAGAAGUUGAGAGGACCUCACCCCGAGCUGCCAGACUGAGUCUGCACACUAACUGCUCUCUGAUCAUCAAUAACAUCACAGCUGAGGACGCUGGUCUGUACGCCUGUCGAUAUUUGACAGCCACUGACUGGGACACACAGGUGUUUCUUAACAUUUUGACAAUUUCACCGUCAUCUACAGACACAGAUCCAAAUAAAGAUGGAGAAGUGACAUUAAGUUGCUCCAUGUUCAAACACAAAGGACAGUGUGAAACUAGGAGUCUCCACUGGGUGGAUGAGACGGGAGCUGAGCUGGAUGGUGAAGGUGAUGGUUUCAAGUAUGAAGGACAGACAAACUGUGUUUCUUAUCUGACUGUGAAGCUUCAGACUGAACACAGCAGAAGAUACACCUGCCAGUAUGUUGAUAGAGCAGGUGUGAAGAUCGAGGCUCACUACUCAACUGUGUCCUCAGUGUCACCAACAGGUGACACAGGUACAAUACCAGGUUCAUCCAGUGAUAAAGCCUUCAUCUUCAUCAUCGGGGGAGUGGUCGGGCUGCUGGUGUUGUUACUUGUCAUUGCAGUGAUUCUACUGAAAUGCAGAAAACAAGCCAAAGCUACAAAAGAUGCUCCAAAAUCUGCCAAUAUCCCGGAAGAGACAGAGGCGACCUAUGCCACAGUGAAUGAGCAUCACACCACUGAUCAUAAAAAUGAUGAGACAGAGAUCAGUCUGACCUACGCCACUGUGAGCCUCACUAAUCAGAAGGUCCAUCAGAAGAACAAGGUCAAAGUCGAGGAAAAGGAGGAAGAAGUGACUUAUUCUACUGUCAGGACUCGGUGAAGACCAAACUGAAAACCCCCAGAAUGCCUCGGGGUCAGACUGUCGUCACUCAUGAAGGAGCAGUCAGCAGUUUGUAAUGAGUUUCAUUUCCUUUGAUUUAAACAGGCUUUUCUUUAAUUAUUAUUAUUUCACUUGUACAGAAGCAGUGUCAUCUUUAAACUUUUUUUCUCAUGUCAGUAUUUUACUGAAUAUUAUAAUUAUACGUCUCAACAUAAUAUUUUACUUCUGGAUAAUAUAUAAUAGAUAAGUUUAUUUUUUUCUUGAAAACCCAAAAUAACAGCCCACCCAUGGUAAGGAUCUUUAAGGAGACCAACAGAAUCCAUUUUUAUUUAUUUGUUUAACAAUAUCAGGGUUUUCCACUUUGAAGAUUCAACAUCUUGUGUGAUGGAUGAAGCUUGGUUUAUUUUUUUGCUGUUAUUUUCCCUGCUGUAAUGGACGUGAUGCUGCAUUGAUUUUAAAAUGUCUGGAGUUUUGCUUUAAUAUUUCAGAAAAUGUGUACAAUUGUUAUAAAAUCAGUAUAAAAAUCGAGGUAAAA